CAAGCUCGUUAUAUCAGACUCCGACCAACAGCAUGGUAUCGUCAUAUAUCACUAAGGAUGGAGCUUUACGGUUGCCAAGAGUGUUCAGGACCUCUUGGAAUGGAAAGUGGCCGCAUUCAAGAUGCUCAAAUCACUGCAUCGUCAGAAUGGGAUAGAAAUCAUGCAGCAAUCCAAGGAAGAUUGAACUUUAAGGCUGGCGGAGGCAAACAAGGAGGAUGGUCAGCUCGCCAGAAUAAUGGAAAUCAAUGGAUCCAAGUGGCUCUUGGCAGUUACACCAAAUUAACAAGUAUAGCGACACAGGGAAGGAAUGCUCACAACCAGUGGGUGACAGCAUACAAGCUGCAGCACAGUGAUGAUGGAGUGAACUUCUAUUACUAUAAAUCACCAGGACAGAGCUCUCCCACAGUAUUAUCAAGCCCACAAAAGUGCACACUUAAUUUAAAGCUUUGUUUUCAUUUUGUAUGUGAGAUAUGGAAGGGAAAUAAAGACAGUGACAGUGUUGUUUAUCACAAGCUGAACCCACCCAUCAAUGCUCGUUAUAUCAGACUCCAACCAACAGCAUGGUAUGGUCAUAUAUCACUAAGGAUGGAGCUUUAUGGUUGCCAAGAGUGUUCAGGACCCCUUGGAAUGGAAAGUCGACACAUUCAAGAUGCUCAAAUCACUGCAUCUUCAGAAUGGGAUAGAAAUCAUGCAGCAAUCCAGGGAAGAUUGAACUUUAAGGCUGGUGGAGGCAAACAAGGAGGAUGGUCAGCUCGCCAGAAUAAUGGAAAUCAAUGGAUCCAAGUGGCUCUUGGCAGUUACACCAAAUUAACAAGUAUAGCGACACAGGGAAGGAAUGCUCACAACCAGUGGGUGACAGCAUACAAGCUGCAGCACAGUGAUGAUGGAGUGAACUUCUAUUACUAUAAAUCACCAGGACAGAGCUCUCCCACAAUAUUGAAGGGAAAUAGAGACAGGGACAGUGUUGUUUAUCACAAGCUGAACCCACCAAUCCAAGCUCGUUAUAUCAGACUCCGACCAACAGCAUGGUAUCGUCAUAUAUCACUAAGGAUGGAGGUUUAUGGUUGCCAAGAGUGUUCAGGACCCCUUGGAAUGGAAAGUCGGCACAUUCAAGAUGCUCAAAUCACUGCAUCUUCAGAAUGGGAUGGAAAUCAUGCAGCAAUCCAGGGAAGAUUGAACUUUAAGGCUGGUGGAGGCAAACAAGGAGGAUGGUCAGCUCGCCAGAAUAAUGGAAAUCAAUGGAUCCAAGUGGCUCUUGGCAGUUACACCAAAUUAACAAGUAUAGCGACACAGGGAAGGAAUGCUCACAACCAGUGGGUGACAGCAUAUAAACUGCAGUACAGUGAUGAUGGAGUGAACUUCUACUACUAUAAAUCACCAGGACAGAGCUCUCCCAUGAUAUUGAAGGGAAAUAGAGACAGGGACAGCGUUGUUUAUCACAACCUGAACCCACCAAUCCAAGCUCGUUAUAUCAGACUCCGACCCACAGCAUGGUAUCGUCAUAUAUCACUAAGGAUGGAGGUUUAUGGUUGCCAAG